AUGUCUGAACACCCGCCACCCACUCUGGACUCCCCUGCUUCGAUUGCAGCAAUUUACCCUCAUAAGGGACCGCAACAUUUCCCUGUCGUCUUGGGACAGAUGGAGCAGCGUGUCCAGCUUGUGACAACAUGGGGCAUUGAGCACGGCGAGAACGUCAUUGAGAUUGGAUGUGGGCAAGGCGAUUGCACUGUCGUGCUUGCUACGGCUGUCGGCGAUGCUGGUCAUGUCAUAGCCAUUGAUCCCGCAAGCCUCGAUUAUGGCUCGCCGUACACUCUUGGUCAAGCACAGGCUCAUCUCCGCGCGUCUCCUGUCGGCAAACGCAUUGACUUUGUUCAGGCCGACCCGCGUGAGUUCCUGCGCGGCACCACGGAUAAAUACACCACGGCUGUCCUCGCACAAUGCAUCUGGUACUUCUCCUCUCCGCAAACACUUUCUGCGAUCCUCGCCGCGCUUGCACCACGCGUGAAACGGAUAUGCCUGUCCGAGUACGCGCUCACGGCGUCUGACCCGCGAGCCGCGCCACAUGUCCUUGCAGCGCUCACGCAGGCAUCGUUGGAGUGCAGAAAGCCCACGUCCGAGAGCAACAUUCGCACCGUCCUCUCCCCUGCGGCCCUGAAGGCUGCUGCUUCCACUGCUGGACUGACAUUACUGAAGGAGGAAACGGUGGUACCGCCUGAGGGAAUGUUGGACGGGCGGUGGGAGGUAGGCGCGGUUCUCGCAGACGAUUUCGAGACAGAGGUCCAGGAGAGCAUUCAGGAUGAGAGAGAGCGCGCGGUGGUAUUCGCUAUGCGGGAUGCUGUCAGGGCUGCACGCGACGCAUUGACGGUGAAAGAAGAGAGAGUUCAUACAAUGGAUAUAUGGAUCGCUACAUAUGCGACAGCUAGUUACAAGUGA